ACCUCAUGGUAGAACCCUCUAGUGAGAGCACUGUGACAACGCAUUGUAGGGUCAAUUCGUGACUGAGAGCUUGCCGAGAGCAUUGACUGCGAGCGACACGUCGGCUUUUGUGUAAUUUUCGAUGGCAGGUGAAAUUGACCGCCAAAGUGUAUUAAUAUUCCCUGUUAUCCAGUCCAGGGCAACGACUGAGUCGAGCUGAAAAUCUGAUAUCAGGGUCAUAAUAUUUAUUCACAAUGCGUAUCGUUCAGUUGAAGAGAAGUCGACUCAUCAAUCUCUUCUUAGGUCUAGUUCUGUUUGUAACUGUUCUUUAUGCUCUGUAUGUUUUUUCAUCGGAUACCCAGUCAAGCAAUCUUAAAAAUUACUGGGCUGCAGCCUCAACAGCUCGAAAGUUGCCAGUACUCAGUGAAGAACUAGGAAAUUUUGAGCCACGAAAUGUGGUACCUAGGAUUGGUCCGGGUGAGGAAGGAAAGGCUCACAUCUUGAGAGAAGACCAACAGAAUGAUGUACAACAAUCUGAAUCUGAUUAUGGUAUGAAUAUGGUCUGUUCUAAUGAAAUUUCUUUAGACAGAUCUGUCCAUGACACCAGGCCUGCUGAGUGCAAGCACUGGAACUAUGCAAGCGACCUGCCAAAAACUAGCGUGAUAAUAGUAUUUCACAAUGAGGGAUGGUCGGUCCUGAUGCGCACAGUACACAGUGUGAUCAACAGAACACCACCUGAAUUUUUGGAAGAGGUACUUUUGGUGGACGACUAUUCCAACAAAGAAAAUUUAAAAGGGGAGUUAGAUUCCUACAUCGAGCGAUGGGAUGGAAAAGUGCGUUUGAUAAGAAACCACGAGCGGCAGGGCUUGAUAAGAACAAGAUCUCGUGGUGCUCGAGAAGCCACUGGGGAAGUUAUUGUGUUUUUAGAUGCGCAUUGUGAGGUCAAUACCAACUGGUUACCACCACUGCUUGCACCAAUUUACGUGAACAGCAAGGUGAUGACUGUUCCAGUAAUCGAUGGAAUAGACCAUAAAACUUUUGAAUAUCGCCCAGUCUAUCAGGAAGGACAUUUAUAUCGGGGGAUCUUCGAAUGGGGAAUGUUGUAUAAAGAAAAUGAGCUGCCUAGAAAAGAGGCAAAAACGCGACCCCAUAAUAGCAUGCCCUACAAGUCACCUACACAUGCAGGGGGUUUAUUUGCUAUUAAUCGUGAAUAUUUUCUAAGCCUGGGCGGGUAUGAUGAUGGUCUCUUGGUUUGGGGUGGAGAAAACUUUGAACUCUCUUUUAAAAUAUGGCAAUGCGGAGGUAGCAUCGAAUGGGUACCCUGCUCUCACGUCGGUCACGUCUAUAGAGGUUUCAUGCCAUAUACCUUUGGGAAAUUGGCUCUUAAGAAGAAAGGACCCCUCAUUACUAUUAAUUACAAACGAGUGAUUGAAACUUGGUUUGAUGAGAAGCACAAAGAGUUCUUUUACACAAGGGAACCUCUCGCUCGAUUGUUAGAUCAUGGAGAUAUUACAGAGCAAUUAGCUCUGAAAGAAAGACUGCAGUGCAAAGACUUCCAAUGGUUCAUGGAUAACGUGGCUUAUGAUGUACUUGACAAAUAUCCAGAGCUUCCACCAAAUAUACAUUGGGGAGAGCUUCGUAGUGUUGCAACUGCAUCAUGCCUAGACACUAUGGGCCAUGCCCCUCCUAGCCUAAUGGCAACAUCUCCCUGCCAUGGAUUCGGUAAUAAUCAGCUCAUCAGACUAAACGCGAAAGGACAGUUGGGUAUUGGUGAGCGCUGUGUAGAAGCAGAUGGCCAGGGUGUCAAAUUAGCAUUUUGCAGAGUUGGUACAGUCGAUGGCCCUUGGCAAUACGACGAAGUAAAAAACGAAAACUCUCAUGCACAGGGCACACAAGAAAUGCAUGGCACUACAUCCGCAGACACAGCACCUAUCAUUGAUGCCGUGUGAUUUGAACAAUACUUAUCAACAGUGGACCUUCCAUCAAAUGCAUCCACGUUGGUGAGGUAGGUUUUUGUUAUUGUUAUAAUCUUUGCGAUGUGCAAGUUCCCAGGUUGUACCGAAUGUACCUCAUCAAAACAAACAAUUUUCGCGUCAUGACAUAUAUUACUCUAUAGCUUUGAUUGCUACAAUUUGGGCGUAAUUCAGUCACAAGAGAGAGAUGUAUCUCAAAAAAUGUUAAGUGAUAUUUAUCAGCAAGGAAAUUUGAGUUUUACGGUCAAAAAAUUAUGAGAUAAAUGAAUGAGAGUAACUAUAUCAGAUCGGGGUGCACAAAGAUUUUCCUUGCACGAUAAUUACUUUUUCAAGGUCGCUUCUUAAUAUGACAUUCCAUUUCAUUCCAUUUCAUUCAUUUUGAUUGUUCAUACUAAUUGCUGCUUAUGCAACUUGAGAUUCCAAGGUUGAAUUUUCAGUCUGGUGCAUCAUUGGAAAUAUUGAACAAAAUGUACAUCCAGAUACUAUUUCAUUGCGUGAGAUCAACCUAUCUCUAUGAUUAAUUGUAAGAGUUUUCGUUGCAAUAUAGUCACAAAGUUACAUACGAGAUAUCCCAGGGCAUAUGCAGCUUCUAGUUAGUCAACGUGGAAUUGAAAAUAGAUUUUAAUCAAACAGAAUUUCUGAAAAUGACGAUCAGUUUUGCUAUAGUUUUAAACACAAUAAUUCUUCCUGGCGUUUAUACUUAAUAAUGACACGUACACAUAGUUAUAAAUCUGGAUUUCUAGAAUAUUCGUGUUAAUUCGUAUACACACUUUUAUUUAUUAUUCAACGAGUUGGAAGUCACAUAUGAAUUUCCUCAAAAGACAAUAACAAGUUAUUCCUCCCAUACUUCGUGCAUUUAUAUUACAAACAUAUAUUUUUGAUCACUCAAUCACGAAAAGUUGUACAUACGUGUUACGUUUAUACGUUGCACGAACGUGACUAAGUUUAUUAGUUUCAAUUAUUUAUGGCAUGUGGUAUAUUCGCAAGUUGAAACAUAUUGGACGAAUUAUUACUAUUUUUACAACAAUAAACAACACGUGAAAGUUCAGAGUGGAUGAAAAAAAUCGACAAAACGAAUAGCUACUACUCUGAUUAUGAGUAAUAAAUGGUGAAUUCUCAAAUGGGCGGAAGCAAAUUAUCACGAAUGAUAGUGAAUCGUUGUAGUGUAAGGGUGUUGCUAUUUUAUUAAAAUGAAGUAAAUUUUUUAUCAACA